AAGGCCAUUAACCCUGCCUCAGUUUCCCCUCUAGUUUUCACACUGGAGUUCGCAUGAGACACAAUGGAUAUUAACGCGGUAAACGCACUCUCAUACGAGGACUUUUUGGAAAUAUUCGGGAACGUGGUUGAGAAAUGUCCCAUCAUCCCAGCUGCGGUAUGGAUCCAUCGUCCGUUCACGAGCCUAGCAGACAUUGAGGCUCACAUAUCUGACUUCAUCAACAGUCUACCUGAAUCAGGUAAAGAGGGAAUUCUCCGGUGCCACCCGGACCUGGCGGGCAGGGAGCUGCAGAGCGGCGCGUUAACCCGGGACUCGCAGGACGAGCAGCGCGCGGCCGGCUUCACUGACCUGCAGCCUGCGGAGGUCUCGCGCUUGCGCAGCCUCAAUUCUGAGUACAAGGAGCGCUUUGGCUUCCCGUUUGUCAUAUGCGCGCGACUGAACACCAAACGGGACAUAAUGCGCGAGCUGCUUCAGUGCCUCGGCAACGACCGUGCGGCGGAGAGAGCGCGCGCCAUCGGCGAGGUGAAAAAGAUUUGCUCGCUGCGCCUGCGCAACCUCGUGCUCUCCGACUCCACGAACAAGCUCUGAGGUGUCCAGGUUUGUUUGGUCAUUGUGUUGAAAACGCACUGGAAAGAUAACGACAUAUCCUGUAUCGUUUACUUUUGUUUUAUUGGUUCAGUGAUCAGUGUAUAACAUUAACUUUAGAAGCAAUAAUGUAGCGUGGUUUCAUGGGCAGUGCUGUUCACAAUUCAUAAAGAACAAAUAUAUAUAUAAAUGAAACCUUUAAAGUUCUGCAUUUUCAUAAAUAAUCCGGACAACGUGUAUAUUGUCCUAUGAGAGCAUUAUAACAUGAUAGGAUUGUUUACAGACAUCACUCCGAAUAUGACUUUUAUAGGAGAAGGUUUAUACAGCUAAUGUCAAUUUGUUUGGAUGUUUUUUUUUUAAUACUCAGUUAUAACAAUAUACAAAAUGCCUAUAUUUCAAACAGAUAUGUGGCGUACAGUGCAACAGACUUUUUAAUGAAUUUCAUACAGUGGGAAUGACAACCUACACUUGAUAUACUAUUUUAAAUAAUAAUAACAACAACAACAACAACUAUAAUAAUAAUAAUAAUAAUUGGGUCUGAAAAUGAGGUAUAUCCCUAAUGGCAUCUAAGAUUUAAAUCUCCGCAAAAAAACAAACAAACAAACAAAAAACCCUGUUUAUUCGUUUUUGUUUAUUCACGUGAAGGCAUCAGGUGCAUUUUACUCGUGUAAUGUACAGCUGCCUGGUGCAAAUAUACGAAAUAAUAACAUAAUAUGACAUGACAUAGCAUGAAAAAACAAAACAAUAUAACAUAACCUAAUAUAAAAUAUAUGGUGAACUAAGACAGUCUCACUAGAAUAAAUAAGAUUUGGUCCUCACUGUGUUUAAAUGAGUAAGAAAAAUUAAUUCAGAACUUUGUUGUAAUCUUUAUAAUAUUCUGUGUUGAAAUUCAGAGAUCUGAAAUGGGGAAAAAAAUAAUGAUCCACAGAAAAAUAUAAAUGCUCCUGCUUCCCUCUAGUGGCGAACAAGCAGACCGCAGGUUGCCUAACAGGAAAAAAAAAAAAUAUAUAU